AUGGUUGGGGCUGUGUCUGUUGUGGGUUCUUCUUUUAUCGAUUCAAAGACUUGCCCAUGCCUGUGUUUUGAUGCUCUGCCUUCUUGCAAACUGACGGUGGGCAUUGCCCAUGCCUGUGUUUUGAUGCUCUGCCUUCUUGCAAACGGACGGUGGGCAUUUAGUAUUGCAGGGGCAUAUGAUUGGCACAAAGCACGUGCCUUGUUUGGGGGCCAAAUUCUGGACUAUUUUACUUACAAAGCUGUGAGGGUUUUUUUGAACCAGCUCUAUGAGAUGAACUACCCAGCUCGUUCUAUAGGUAAAAGCCUUAAAUCUAUUUUAAGUCUAUCUUCUUGA